UUCCAGACCAGCAGCUUGUUUGAAUCAUGCUUCCUUAUAACCAGAGACGUGCUGUAAAGUUCUGCUGCAGAGCUCUGCAGGAUGGAUUUCUGGGUGACAGUCCUGUGUGCCCUCCUAGUAGCCAUACUAGGGGGGCUCUACCUGCUGGGGGCAUUCCGCAAGAGGCAACCUGGUGAGCCCCCCCUGGAUAAAGGUCUCAUUCCCUGGAUAGGGCAUGGCUUGACCUUCCGAAACAACACUCUAGAUUUCCUCCAAAGGAUGCAAAAGAAACACGGGGAUAUUUUCACGGCAUUGAUCGGCGGGCACUAUUUCACUUUUCUGAUGGACCCGUUGUCUGUUGGAGCAGUAGUGAAGGAAUCAAGAGCCAAGCUGGAUUUUAUCUCAUUUGCCUCUGAACUUGUGUCUAACGUGUUUGCCUUUCGGCCUUCCGAAAUGACCCACAAGGUAAUAGAGACGGCCAGUGCUAAGCACCUGAAGGGGACCGGGUUGGAGGUGAUGACCCAAGCCAUGAUGGAGAGUUUACAGAAGGUGAUGCUUCAUACCCUGGGCUCUGGAGAAGGGCAGAAGCCCUGGCAGCAAGAUGGCUUAUUCCACUACUGCUAUAACACCCUCUUCAGAGCAGGGUACUUUGCUUUGUAUGGAAAUGAGCCCAGUAACGACAAAAAGGAGAAAGAAAAAGCCAUGAAGCAGGACCUAAAGCACUCUGAAGAGAUCUUUGUGGAAUUUCGCAAAUACGACCAGUUGUUCCCACGCUUAUCCUAUUCUAUGUUGUCUUACGGAGAGAAGAAAGAAGUUGAGAAUCUGUGGAAAUACUUCUGGAACAUCAUCUCGGUGAAGAAUGUCUACAAGAAAGACAACAUCAGUGGCUGGAUACAUGACCAGCAGCAGCAGCUCGAUGAGGCCGGGAUGCCUGAAUACAUGAGAGAUCGGUUUAUGUUUUUGCUUCUCUGGGCAGCUCAAGGUAACACUGGUCCAGCUUCCUUCUGGCUCCUCGCAUACCUUAUGAAAAAUCCCAAGGCCUUGGAGGAGGUGAGGAAAGAAGUGGCCAUGGUAGUGAGGGACUCUGGUCAGGAAUUGGAGCCAGGCAGUGAAAUGCUUACUGUCACCAGGGAGAUGUUAACUCAGACCCCAGUGCUGGACAGUGCCGUGAAAGAAGCUCUGAGGAUGGGAGCAGCUCCCAUGCUCAUUCGGGCUGUGCUGCAAGACAUGGACCUCAAGAUGCAUGAUGGAAGGGUCUAUAAUUUGCGCAAAGGGGACAAAAUUGCUGUUUUUCCUUAUCUGGCAGCACAUAUGGAUCCGGAGAUCCACCCUGAGCCCCAUCUUUUCAAAUAUGACCGCUUCCUCGACCUGGAUGGCAACAAAAAAGAAUUCUAUAAGAAUGGAGAAAAGGUGAAAUAUUUCACCCUGCCUUGGGGGGCAGGGACCUCCAUGUGCCCCGGACGUUUCUUUGCCACCAAUGAGAUAAAGCUCUUUGCUUUCCUGAUGCUCUCCUAUUUUGAUAUGGAGCUGGUCAACAAAGAGGAGGAAGUCCCUCCCAUAGACAAAAGGCGUUAUGGGUUUGGCGUGAUGCAACCCACACACGAUAUCCAGUUCAGGUAUCGGUUACGCUGUUGAGGAGGCAAACCUGGACUCAGAGCCCUGCCAGCUGUUGGGUCUGGAUUUCUUUGUGGGGAAGCUAACUUGAGAAAUCAAUUGUGUAUUUGUGCAUGCAGAAGAGAACAUGUGGAACAAAGUGGUCAUAGUACAGUAAACUGGACAAGAUUGUACAGUAAGUUGGCCAAACAUCAGCCAAAAUUACUAACAUCCCACCUGUCAUUAUUGUAUUGUCCAGUUUUAUUUUACUACUGCUAUGAACUGAAGUACCAGCUGGAGGGCUGCUCUUCUCCUCUUCCUCCUCCUCCUUUCCCUCCUUCUUUUUGCAUUUAGACUUUUCUUCAACCUUUGUAGUACAGAGUGCAUUUGUUUAGGGUUCAGUAAGCCAUGCCCUUCUGCACAGUAUUAUAUUUCACUGCUGCUCAUGCUUAGAUUGCAUCUUUACAGCAGAACUAAUACAGUUUGAACCUGCUUUAACUACCAUGGCUCCAUGCUAUGGAAUUCUGGGAUUUGUAGUUUUGUGAGGGCUGAAAACUCUUUGCCAGAGAGUUCUUAUGAUGUAGUUCAGGACUAUGCAUCAGGGACUCCAGAGCCCCUCACCAAACUACACAUCCUGCAAUUCGAUAGGAUGCUGCCAUGGCAGGUAAAGUGGCAUCAAAGUAUUAUAAUUGUGCAGUGUGGAUUUACCCUAAGUCUCCCAACCCAACCCAGUUGAAAACCCCACUCCUGACAUGCAGUAUGGGUAUAACAAACUGGCUUAUUUUAUAUUAUAGUUGUAAUGAUUACUCAGGCAAUAUAUAUGGAGGUGUUGGAGCUCUUUAAGUGCAUGCCAUAAAUACUAAUCAUCAUCAUAGUUAUGUUUACUAUGACUUGCAUUCCAAAGGGAGAAGUGGAAAUAUGUCGUAAUUCCUGUAACAAAACUAGGAGGACUUCAGCUGCUUCACUUUGGCUGUCUGCCCUACAUUUUUACAAGAGUUCCAACACUAGCAUUUCCAAAGCGCUCCAAAGGUUGUGCUUUCCUCCCGUACUCCGCCCUGAAAGCUGACAUCUCUGUUCGCAUUUGUUGGUGCUGAGCCAGGGUCAGGGCUGAUAGGAAAGAAUCUGGUGGGGUGACAAGGCCUGGAAAGGCCAUAAAUGACAAACAGAUUUCCAGCAUUAUCAGUUGGCAGCAACAUGGGUUGCCUUGGCCUUGAAUGCCAAACACGUCAGAAAUGUUGCUCUUGCCCACUGCAGAACUUUAACACACUCCUCUUGAUGGACAGACAUGAGAAUUGCACUGAACACACAGAGGAUUUAAGGAUUUCUUUCUCCUAAUCUGUUUAGUAUGGCCAUCCCUCCACAUUUGUGGCUUUGACCUUUGCAGAUUUGAUUAUUGGUGGAUCUGAUUAUUAUGUUCUCUCUAGGAAUCUCUAGGUCCUCCAGUGCAAUUCUGCUGGACAUUGACCAUAG